AUGGCCUCUCAGAAUGUCGUUUUUGCUAUCGACGUGGAUUAUCGAUCCGAAGGGACCAAAAACACGAGUAAUACCUAUCAAGACCACCUCAAACAAUGGAUACUAAGAGUUCUGCUCAGUUUGGGACACAGAUAUGGUCUGGAAAAAGUUCGAUGGGGGUAUAAAUUCUUCAAUUCGAGAACUGUGAAAAGCGCAACACUUAUAACCAGGGGAUCUGAUUUCAAGGAGCUUCAGGAGAAGGUGUUCAGUGACUUUGAAGAAGAACUCCAUGUCAAGUUCACGACUGAAGGAAAAUCUCCUAGAAGUCAGGAAAAGUCUCAUAAACUGAAACCCAGCCCGGCUUGUUGUGUUCAAAAUGCAUUGAAAGAGAUUCUUCUGGACUUCCAGUGGGACAGACCUGAUUUAACAUCACCCACCAAAGUGACGCUGAGACCAAGAAGGUCGAGUAGAAGUGGCAGAAACAUCCCCUUGCAGGACUGUGACAUGCUAAGUGUUGACAAAAAUGUCCUUUUUGUCGUGUCUGAAUGUCCACGGUCCAAAGCAGAGCUGGAAGACUACUUGUCCAUGCGUAGAGAAGACAGUAGACAUCAUAAAGACAUAAAUGAGCAGAUGCUGCCCAAAGGUCUCAUAGAUAUGCUUAUGCAACGAAACGUUGUGCUUCACUGGGCUGAUUCAGGUGUUUUCAAGGCUGAUCAUGUGGCGAAGGACUACACUGGCAUAGAGACUCUGAUGGAACGUCUUGGGCUGGUUGGUGGACAGGUGGUGCCAAUGUUGUCUCCUUGUUUACCACUGAUGGACCAGCAUCCUAAAAUGAACUCUUUACUGGCUUUGGGAGUGGAUGCAUUUCCAAUAGAUUCCACAAAUAGCUACCUUCACUUGUCUAAAAGAAUGCAGCAACAAUUGUUUCCUCCACUAGGAGCAUCUUUUUCCUGGAUUGCAGAUGGCACCAAGCGUUCCUGUAACGUGACAUUGGAGCCAGUUUCAUACAGGCAGAGAUCUUUGCGUGCUCCUGUGGAUGUGCUUCUCGGUGUCCUGCAGAGUUUGGACAUUUUGUCCCUUUCACAUUCAGCCAUUGAGACCUGGAUACUGCAGUGUCCAGAUGCGGAACUGGGUCAGGAGGCUUUUCAGCAUUUAAAGCAGUUGUCCACUGGAGGACAUGCUAUGCUUGCAGAAGUAAGUGAAGGAGAUGUGGUGUGUUCAGCGGUGCUAUCGGUGCUGUCAUCCUGCACAGCUCAGAUCACUGUCCUUCAGCCUCUGCUUGCUCAGGAAGGCCAGCUUUUGCCCGCAGACCUUGUUUCCUUGGACACCACAGACAUUUCCGGUGACUUACCUGAUGUAGUCAGCAGUGUUCUCAGUGUCAUGUAUGACAUCAUGGAGGAGGAUGACUGCUCAGAUCACGAAAAGAUGCCUUUGGUUCCUGACUGGGCCAAUCAGGAGCUCAAACAGGAGUCUUCUUCAAGGAGUAUUGGAAUGGUGGAGGGAUGGUUUCCACUCUCUGACCAAUCAGGAAUUAGCUGCCACUUAAUGGAAUCAAUGAGGCUCCUGCAUGCGGCUCCUGAGGAAAAGGAGAAGGGAGAGGAGUACUCGGAUACUCAGCAGGAGAUCACCAGCAGUCUCUCAGAGUUCUAUCAGAGCAGCACAGCUGGGUCCAGUGGUAGUCUCAGGUCCAAAAAGCGGGGUACACAAUGCACGCCAGUAAGACAGAAGAUGAAGACCAUGAGUCGUUCUCUACAGAUGCUGAAUUUUGCCCGCUUGAAUGUGAAAGCUCAGAAGACUCAGGGGGACAGUGGCUCUGCUGGAUCUGGUAAAGGGACUGAAAAGGGAGGGAAAAAAUCAUCCGGGGAUCGAACCAAGCCUGGCCUCUUGCACUUCAGCAGUGAGGAAGAGCUGCUUUCCCACCUGGGACUCACUUACCAGAAAGCUGUGGAAAAUAGAACCAUGUCUGUUCCCUCUCAAGUCCAGGAUUUGCUUUCAGUUGUGAAAUCAUUCCUCAAAAGUAACGCGGAAGCUUCAUUACUGAAUUUAGUGCAGAAGCAUGUUCUGAAAUCCUGCCAGUCUAUUCGUCAGCAUUACGGAAAUUCUUCAGAUGAUGAAAGCAAAAUCAGAGAAUGCCAGCUGCAAGCAGUUCUCAGACUUGAGUUGUGCAAACAAACAGAACAAGAAGAUGAAGAGGUUGUGGAGCAAAGAGUGGAAGACGUGGCUGACAUGCUACGGAUUAUCUCUCGGAGUAAAGAUGCUGUUUACUUAUCCAGAUUCAUGCAAGAAGAAGUUCUGCCGUUGUACAUGAACAGCAUUCCUAAGGUCCUGGCAGAUGUGUACCACAGUUUAGGAACUCAGUUGCCUGAGGCACUUGUUGCUGUACUGCCUUCUGACUUCUUUAGUGAUGAGUCUUUGGCUAAGGACAGUGUUUCUGUGAGUCUCUCAUCUUUCUCUGCCACACAAAGCAACAUAUCCAGUGUUGGCGAUCAUUUGGAGGAACUCCGCAAUCGCUCUGCUAAGAAGAGAAGACAGAGCAUGAUCACACGCCAUAAAAGCAUGACUGAGGCUCCUCAGGCACUGCGACAGAUAGAAAUUCCAAGAAAGUCCACACGUCUGGCAAAGCCAAAACUCUGUGUUCCAAUAGAGAAAACUGCUGUGGAACAGCCACCACUACCUAAGCAACCAGUUCAAGAGGUAACUAAGGUAAGGAGAAAUCUUUUCAACCAAGUGACUGUAUCACCCUCAAAGAAAUCCAAAAUGCCACGUAGCCAGUCUGUCUCAGCAGUAGAGGGAAUCAAGAAACGCAAGCGUUCAGAUGUGGACAAUGAUGAUCGGCACACUCUAUUGACAAAGAAAGUAUCUGAGACUCCCCUGCAUAAGCAGGUUUCAAGUCGCUUACUGCACAGGCAAAGGACUGGCAGAAAGUCCGGAGAGUCUGAUGUGUGCAUUAUUGAGGAAUCUCCUAUCAAACCAGUUGCUGACUUGCGGAGAAGCCCAAGAAUUAAAAGCCUUACCAGGAGACAUUCAAGUGUGUUUUAUUCAAGCUCUCAACCUCGUUCUCGAAAUCUAGACCGUGUCGUCUCCUCCUCGCAACUCUCCCACUCUGAGGGUAAAGGUAAAUUCAGUGUUAGUUCUGUUAGGUCACCAGUUCGGCUUCUUUUUGGAGCCACCCAGUCCCCUGGUCGUCUGCGUCACACUACAGUGUCCUCUUUAGAAGAUCAAGCCAGUAAAGGGUUGCCACUUAGGUGUUUAUCUUUUGAGAAUCAAAAUAAAACUCCACAGAAGUUAAGGUCUGAUGCACUGGCAUCUGCAGUUGGCUGCAGAACCCCUCAGUCCCCAAGAACUCCAAACCGGACAGUUGGAGAUAAUGGUAUGGCUCUCCGAGGAAGCCCCUUUCAGUCCCCUGCUGCAAAGAGUAUAGUGGUAGAGACACCCAUGAAAAGCCCACUGAAGGGGAUACUCAAGACUCCGAUUAAAAAAAGCCUCUUGGAUUGUGUUUCUCCAAAUGGUGCUUGGCUGAGGAGCCCAGGUUGUAAAACACCAAAGAAGUGUGUGACAUGGUCUCCAUCGCCACGGAAACCUGUGCCAGAAAACCAGGUCAAUGUGCCAGAUUCUCCGGUGUUUGCAAAAAGACACUCACCAAGGCUGGUUACACCUGGCAAAAAUAGCAGCCCAGAGGAAAAAAUUGUUUUUAAAACGCCUGACAAGGUGCCCCAAAGGAAAUCUAAGACAUCUCCUGAAAUUAUUCUCAGGAGACUUGAAAUUCCUGUAAAUAUUGACCCUGAAACAUGUAAGUCUAUUACGAGGUCAGGAAAGAUAAGAACACUGAGCUUACCUUACAAAACAAGUAAAGGGUCAGAUGAGUUUUUACCUCAGUCUGAAUCCGGGUCCUUUCCUUUUUGCAAUUCUCCAUUGAAACCAAAUAUACAAAAAACAAUACAAAGCCCCAUCCCAACACACAGAAUGUGCACUCGCUCUGGUAACACACCCGUGAAAGAGUCUUGUUCACCCUCUAGCAACUCUCAGGGCAUAACAGGUACUAGCCCUUCACCUCGUAAAAGUCUGUCUUCGACUGUAGCAAAAUCAAGUCCAUCACCAUCCUUUGGUCCAUCUAGAUCGGGUGUCAGCAAUCAAAAUAAUUCAUCCAUCAGUAAUGUGGAAAAGCAUACAGAUGAUAAUGAAUUAAUUGUGCAAAACAAGGCCAACGAUGAAAAAGCAGAAGAGGCAUCAUCUUCUGACUCCCAGCAGUUUGAUUGCUCUGAAUUCAGCAUUACAACAGAUGAUGAAAGCAUUGACAUAUCAGAGGCCGCAGUGGUGAAGACCCAGCUUGUUGGAGGCAUCAAGAUGAAUAUUGCAUUCUCAAGGAAACCCUCUAAAUCAGACGUUUUUGAAUUUGAGGGCAAACAAACUACCUCGACUGGUACACCAUUAACUCGAAGUUACGGCUUCCGCCAAACUCCAGACCGCCGCCAGCGGGAAGCAGAAGCACGCCUAGGAUAUUCUUCAGGAAAACCGAAGAUCUCCACGCCAAGAACAAGGAGAACUCCUGCAUGUGGAAAGCAGUCUUCUCCUCAACCACUUACCUACGAAGUAGAGAUGGAAAUGCAGGCCUCAGGCCUCCCUAAACUAAAGUUAAGACGGACUGAUUCUUUUAAUGCAGGUGAUUUACCUAGUAGUGCAACCAAGGGCAUAACCUCGCAUCUUGUGCACCGUAACAAGACAAAUAUGAAGGCGCCACAAAUUGACAGCCCUCUUGUACAGUGUUCUAGACAUCCUGGCUGCAUUUCUCCAUCCCUCUGCAGUCGAGCAACCCCUGCCAAAGGUACACCUGGGAAAGGAGUGCAGACAUACAUAUGCCAGUCCAUCACUCCCACACACCAUCCCACAAGCAGUCAAUCCCCACUAGCAUCUCCUCUGACUCCAUCCCCUCAAAGCAGAGGAUGGCCAACGCCAGAAAACCUAAAUAGCUGGCCCCGCAAGAAAAGAGCUCGGAUCGAGACUUGCGGUAACAAAGAGCAGGUCAUCAAAGGUGUUCCUCUGCUAGAAAAGACUGGAGUUAUUGAGGACCCAGAGCUUGAAGGUAUUUUCCGAAUUCAAGGGGUGGAAGAACUCAAGGAGUCGCUGAGCACCCCUAUUAGUCAAAGAAAACUGGGUUUGAGAUCCAGCCAGGUGAUGGACCAUCAGGGAUCUCCUGAAGGAAUGGACUGGACUGAAACUAUGGCACAAAUGUGUGAUGCUAAAGACUCUACAAAGACUGAACAGUUUGCAUGGAUGGGCAGAAAAGUGGACACUCCGAAAGUAAAGAAACAAGUGUCUGCCAGUGGAAUCUUCGCUCUCACUCAGUCACCACUCUUAUACAAAAAAUCAGCUGUAAUCAAGGAAGCAACACAAUUUAGUGGAUCCAAGUCUGAGCUGGAAAUCUCUCCUCUUUGCCAGCCGAGAAGGCGAAGGACGCCUAGCAGGACAUACAGCCGAAAGAAACUUUUGGACUAGGUCUGUCUUUAAAAGUACUUUUGGUUUCCCUUUUGGAAAAUCCUAUUUUUAAACGACAGUUUUAUCUUCUGUUUGUUUUAGCUCAUCUUUAUUCUUAUUUGCUUGUAUAAUAAUGCAUCAACCAUCCUUGUAUAUUUUGUAUUUAGUGUAUUAUAGAGGUCUGCAGCGGUUAAUUACAGUUUAACAGAAGAUUGAACUGGUCUGACCUCGACAUUAAUUGUGAAAAUAAGGUGGAGACUUUUCCUUUUUUCAGUUUUAUGAAGUUGAGCUUUAAUUGCUUUCGUUUGUUCAGUUUGUUUGCGUUUUAUUUGUGCUGAUUUUUUUUAAAUGUGGCAUGGAUUUUAACGUUCGGCAGCUCACAGCAUCUAUCAUAAUGUGAAAUAAAUGUAAAUGUUAAACAGAUUAUUUUAAUAAAGACGUUGUUCUUAU